AAUAAUCCAGCAGCGGAUAUCAGAUUGUGUCACAGUAACAUGGAUGUAAAAACAUCUCGUGUAUCGUCAAAGAAACGCGAUUCUGUCGAAGAUGCGUUCGGACUUCCAGCUUCAAAGAGAAAGAAAACAGCUGACGUUUCGAAAUGUAAACAAACAGAAGCCCAGUCGCCGGCAGAUAAAUUUAUGAAAGACGUGAAUAUCUUUAUUCUCCAAGCGGGUCUUGGAAAAAUGCGAGCGAACAUUCUGUCUAAGCAGUUCACAAAAUAUGGCGGCACAAUACACGAACAGAUUCUUGAUGAAACCACGCAUGUUGUUGUAGACGAAAAAAUGGAAAUUGAUAGAUUUUGUCGAAUUUUGAAACUGGACACGCCCCCGACUCAUCUCAAAAUUGUCAAAGGGAACUGGUUGAGUAAUUGCUUUGCUGAAGAAAAAUUAGUGGACACUUGUGACUUUGAACUUGAUGUAAACACUGACGCCAAACUGGAAAAGGAUGAAAGGCAAUCCAAAGAAAAAUUACCUGCAGAUGUAACAAGGGGAAUAAAUGAACAACCUGGAGGACACAGCAAAAGUGAUGUUGUUGUUGCUGAUGAAAUUCAUCCAUGCUCCAGUAAGACAGAUUCAUCUUAUCACACAGAAGCUAAGUCAAAUCAAAGUAAAGGCUAUGACAGCGAGGACAGUGCCUAUGAACCCAGUGAUGAUGAGGACUAUCUUUCUAGUUUCACUGAUGGUCCCACAUCAGGUACAAGCUCAGCAACAUCAACGCCAAAUACAUCACCUCAAAAAUUACCAAAAGGUAAUUGGGUAUGUGCCAAGCCUGUAUCAAAUCUGGGAACCAAUCACAACAAACAUAUCACAGAUAAACUACAGAUUCUGAUGCAAACAUACAAGAAUACUAAGGAUCAAUGGAGAGCUUUGGGAUAUAGUAAAGCCAUCAGUGCUCUUAAAAAUUACCACAAAGCAAUAACAACCUGGGAGGAAGCUAAUAGUAUUCCUGGUAUUGGUAAAAAAAUGGCAGAUAAAGUUUGGGAAAUUAUUGAAAGUGGUCAUCUAAGAAAGAUUGAUUAUGUGUGUCAAGGAGAAGAAGUUAAAGCCAUUAAUUUAUUUACUAAGAUUCAUGGUGUGGGCCCAACUAUAGCUCAAGAAUUGUACCAACAGGGUUUUAGAACAAUAGAUGAUGUCAGGGAGAAAGCAAAGUUGAACAGACAACAAAAGAUCGGAAUUAAACAUUUUGAUGACUUUCUUGAUAGAAUGUCACGAGAAGAAGCUGGAGAAAUUGAAAAAGUUGUAAAAGACAUGGCACUCUCCAUCAAUCCUGGUCUCAUUGCCAUGGCAUGUGGUUCUUAUCGGCGUGGAAAACCAACAUGUGGUGAUGUCGAUGUCAUAGUAACACACCCUGAUGGUCGAUCACAUAAAGGAAUUUUUCAUAAACUUUUAGAAAAAUUAAGAGCUACAGGUUUCAUCACAGACGAUCUUGUUAGUAAUGAAGAUGUUGGUGAACAGAAGAAAUAUCUUGGUGUAUGUAAAUUACCAGGUGAAGAUAGAAAGCAUAGAAGGCUGGAUAUAAUAGUUGUACCUUAUCAUGAGUAUCCAUGUGCUAUAAUGUAUUUCACUGGUUCAAGUCAUUUUAACAGGUCUAUGAGAGCACUGGCUGGAAAAAAGGGAAUGUCAUUGAAUGAACAUGCUAUGAAAAGUGGAGUAAUUCGAAAAGGACACGAGAAAAUCAGUGAAGGUGUGUCAAUACCAGUGAAAUCAGAAGAAGAUGUCUUUAGAAUACUGGGAUUAGAAUAUAGAACUCCUAAGGAGAGAGACUGGUGA